AUGGUUUCUCUAGCAUAUGCCGAGCCUGUAGAAAUCAGACGUAAAAAAAAAUCAACUCACCUAACCGUAAUGGAAUGGGAUCCUGAAAAAUCAAAUAUACUGGACGUUCGUGCAAAUAAUAUGCAGGACCUGAUUUAUAAACGGGGUCAGGUCAGUGUCAAUAAAGCUUAUAUUACUCCUGUUGCUAGUGAUGACAAGAAUAUGAAAGAUAAUUCGACGCACAUGAUUAAAAAGUUAUCUCAUAGUGAUCAAAAUAGAAAAUCUGCUUCUAAACUGAAGGAAUUUGCCUCAAAUUCAUCUGUUCGUCGUGACUCAAGCUUCUCUUCUUCAAUUCAUAUGAGCAAUACUGAGAAAAAAAGCUGGUUGCAAGAAGUUCGCAAUUUAAAUGGAAAUCCCGAUUCUCAUAUAUCGAAAAGGUCACAUUUCCCAAUUGUCGUGGGUCUUACUGCCUGGAUGCAGCCAGCCAGAGCUGGAAUUGGUGCUGCAAUAUCAGAAAUAAUUGCGAUACCAGUGACAAGAAUGAAAGUUUCAACGACAAAUCCUCAAAUUUUAAUUUUAGGAACUGUAGAUACCUUUGCACACUCUUUUGCAGCUAUUCUAUCUGCUUCGCAGUCUUACAACAACUUCUCCAACAUGUCCGCUGUACCUAUAGUCACCAUAUCUGCUCUCUUAACACCUGACUCACACACCGAAGAACUCUUGGGAGCCUUAACAAUUGAAUAA